AUGGCCUAUAUCACUCCGGAUAAGGCCGAGCCCGAUCUCAAUGUCCAGGCCAGCGGUUUCUUCCGCGAUGCGUCGGACCUGAGCGACGCGGAGAAGCAGGAGGACAAGAAGGACGACCCGAGUUAUAACGACACCUUCGGCGACGAGGAGUACGCCGAGGUCAAGUACAAGGUCUUGAGCUGGUGGCAAUGCGGCUUCCUGAUGGUUGCGGAGACGGUGUCUCUUGGUAUCCUGUCGUUGCCCGCCGUGGUGGCCACGCUGGGUCUGAUUCCCGCCGUCAUCCUGCUCCUCGGCCUGGGUCUCCUGGCCACCUACACCGGCUAUGUCAUCGGCCAGUUCCGCUGGGCUUACCCGCAUAUCCAGAGCAUGGCCGACGCCGGCGAGAUCCUGUUCGGGUCCAUCGGGCGCGAGGUCUUCGGCACUGGCCAGCUGCUCCUCGUGGUCUUCAUCAUGGCCAGCCAUCUGCUGACCUUCUCCGUCGCCAUGAACACGAUCACCUCCCACGGCACCUGCACGAUCGUGUUCACCGUCGUCGGCCUGGUCGUCUGUUACGUCCUGUGUCUGCCUAGAACAUCAGCCAAGGUGUCCUACCUCUCGGUUGCCUCAUUCGUCAGUGUCUUCUCAGCCGUCAUGAUCGUCAUGAUCGCCGUGGGCAUCGAGCGUCCUUGGAAGGGGGCCAUCGCCGCCACCGUGGACACCAGUCUAUACGAAGCAUUCCUGGCGGUGUGCAACAUCGUCUUCUCUUUCUCCGGCCACGUCGCUUUCUUUGGAUUCAUCUCCGAGUUGAAAGAUCCUCGGGAAUAUCCCAAGGCGCUGUGUCUUCUGCAGGGCAUCGACACUGUGCUCUACAUCGUCACCGCCGUGGUGAUCUACAUCUACGCCGGGCCCAACGUGACCUCGCCUGCCCUGGGGUCUGCCAGUGCGCUGGUCGCGAAGAUCGCGUACGGAAUCGCCCUUCCCACUAUCAUCAUCGGCGGCGUCGUCAACGGCCACAUUGCCUGCAAGUACGUGUACGUGCGCAUCUUCCGAAAUGGAGAUCUCAUGCACAGUCGCGGUCUCGUCGCCACGGGGUCCUGGGUCGGUAUCAUGCUGGGCCUGUGGAUCGUGGCCUGGGUUAUUGCGGAGGCGAUUCCCGUGUUCAAUGAUCUGCUGAGUUUGAUUGCCUCUUUAUUCGCGAGCUGGUCGACAUUCGGCUUCAGCGGGAUGUUCUGGCUCUACCUCAACAAAGACCAACUCUUCUCGUCUCCGCGAAAGAUCGCAUUGACAAUCUUCAACCUGUUCAUUAUUGCGAUCGCAGCCUGCAUCUGCGGUCUUGGACUCUACGUUUCCGGUCGCUCGUUGCAUGAAGAUACCACCACCGCGAGCUUUUCUUGUGCGAAUAAUGCUUGAUGUGAAUGGAUAAGGAUGUGGUUUGAUGAGUAUGGUUGGGUGUGGGGGUGUGUCUUGUAU